UUGCAACAAAGAGAAUUACCCAAACACAAGAACAAUCCUUCAUUCCUAAUUAGCUUAUCACAAUGUUCCCACUUGUUACUCUUACCUCCUUCCUUCUACUCCUUACCACCCAUGUUACCGCGGUAACUUACACCGUCACAAACACUGCCACAAACACCGCAGGCGGAACACGAUUCAACAAUGAAAUCGGUAUAAACUAUGCACGCCAAACUCUCUCCUCCGCUACAAAUUUCAUUUGGAGAACCUUUCAGCAAAGUAAUCCAGCUGAUCGUAAGAGCACCGUCCAACAGGUGAGCCUAACCGUGGAAGCCAUUAGCGGCGUAGCAUAUACACAAGGCGACCGAAUCCACCUGAAUUCGAACUACGUGCAAAGCUACUCCCGCAACGUGAAAGCUGAAGUUACAGGCAUUUUGUACCAUGAGAUGGCCCAUGUGUGGCAAUGGAACGGCAAUGGGCAGGCUCCCGGAGGUUUGAUCGAGGGGAUCGCGGAUUAUGUGAGGCUUAAGGCGGGCUAUGCGCCGUCUCAUUGGGUUCAACCGGGUCAAGGAGAUAGGUGGGAUCAAGGUUAUGAUGUUACAGCCAGGUUCCUAGACUAUUGUAACAGUCUAAGAAAUGGGUUUGUGGCUCAGCUAAAUAAGAAGAUGAGGGGUGGAUAUAAUGAUUCAUACUUCAAUGAUUUGCUAGGUAAAUCUGUUGGUCAGCUCUUUAGUGACUACAAGGCCAAGUACAACUAACAUGAACUAAGUUAUCAGUUAUGUCUUAUGUGUAACAUAUAUAUAUACUAUAUGUGUGUUUAAGUUAUGAAGCAUAUCAAUAAUAAUGAGAGUUUAACUCUAUGCAUAAAGAACAAAAGAGUGUGUACUGAAGUACUGUUAACAAUUUCUUAAGUCUCAAAAUCAACAAAGUAGAUGAGAUUUUUCGCAAGAUUUUCUUUUGAUAUGUUGCUUCUUGUUUUGACUAUCUGUUCAAGUUUAAGUUUAUAGUUGUACGUCUUGAUGAUAUAACAAGUCACUUAAGACUACCCUAAGCAUUAUAUUUAUAAAAAAGAUGGGAUUUCCAUAUCCUUUCCCAGUUUUCCUCCUAUU